AUGUCGACCUUGUCGACCUUGCUCAUGGGGAUGCUGGCUGCCGGCCCAGGAGAAAUGAUCCUGCCCCACCCCAAAGAUAACCAGAGGCGCUGCCCCGUCUCACUCUGGCUCCUCAGGCCCUGGGCAGACCCGCCACCUGAGGGGCUAGGGCCCACCCAGCUAGUGUUUGUGCGGCUGCACGUGUCUGUGCCUGCCCACUGGGCCAGGCGGGGACCUGUGAGGGACAGCCUCCUUCCCCGGGAGGGCGUCCGGGUCAGCGUGACGACGGAGGACUUGGGGGCCAGCGUGCCCCGCUGCAUGCCUUCUCCGGAGCCUCAGUCUCCCCAUCUGUCAGUUGUGCUGAUGGUGGUGACUGCCUGCAAGGCUCGACGUAGCAAUCGGAGAGGGGGCGUGCCUGGGGGCGUUUUCUUGGCCCCCUGCACCUUUCUCGGUCAUGGGCAUCCUGAGACAGGAGAGGAAUCCGGGCUCCGUCCGCCUGUGGCUGAGGAUGACGCCAUGGCUGCCCUGAGGUGGCCCAGGCCCUCCCAGCAGCCAGGCGACCUGCAGGGAGCUCCCCACGUGGCCUGGUCCGACCACACUGAGCAGCUAGGCGCCCGGGGGAAGGCCCACAGCCACCCGGUGUGGUCGGAAGGCAAGGAGGCCAAGGAUGGGGACAGCUCGGUGUCAUCAGGCCGCCUCUCUGGCUCCUCUGGGGGCCACGCGUCCUGCACAUCUCCCCCCGGGCCCUGGAAGGAGAGGCCCCCCCAGGUGCUGGGGCCCCGGCGGCAGCCCAGAGAGAGCAACCCGCGGCUGGAGCAGCUGCGGGACAAGAUCCGGGCCCAGGCCCAGUGGCAGGCCAGCUGCGCCUCCCUGGGCACCUCCGCACCGUCCAGCGCCUCGCGCCUCUACAGAGCCUCCAAGCCAGACCCCCGGAGGAAGGCCAGGAAGCCGACGAACCCCCCUCCAGCCCCGUGGGAGGCACUCAGGCCUGGGGCCUCCGUCAAAGGCUUAGGCGCCCUGGGUGUGGCUCCUUGUGGAGUGGAAGACAAGGCAAUCCCCGGCCAGGGGUGCGAGCCGUCCGGGGUGCCCCGGCGCCAGGCCUCAGUUCCACGGGAGAAAGCCAGAAGGAUGCAAAGUAGUCCUUGCAAAAGGGAGAAGGCCCCCAGAUCACCCAUCCCCAGAAGAGCCGCCAAAGACAAAGAUUCUGAGUUGGUUGGUGUUUACGCCUGGAGGAAAGGACCAGCCCUGGUGAGGGCCCUGCUUGGGCCCCCUCCCGCCCUUCCCAGGCUCCAGAGCAAGGCUCCCUCAAGAGACCAGGCCCCUACCGCGGAAUUAGGAGAUAGCAAGAGAGUUGGAGCUGCCGAGAGCUCCUCCGUCUGCCCCCGGAUGCCCAGUCCAGCCUCCUUCCGAGGUGACCUGCAGCUGUCUGACAACGCACCCAACCUGGCUUCCUGCGAUCAGCCCAUGACCAUCCAAAAUGCUAUGGCCGUCCUUAGAGACCUCCGCCAGCAAAUCCAGGCCGGGCUGGAGCUGGCCCGGCACCGCCACUCCAGGGGAGGGCCAGAGCUGGGGCGGUCAAAGCUGUGGCUGCAGAACCCGGCGGGGAGGAGGCAGUGGGGCCCCUGGAGCACCCCAGACGUGCGGGGCUCCUUCUCCAAGAGUCCUCAAGCAGGGAUGGAGGGGAGGCGCUCCUCCCUAGAGAGGCCUGGCAGCUUCCCCACUGGGCAUCGCUGGAGCACCCUGGCUGGCGCCUCGGCCGGGCAGGCCUCCAGGUCUCAGCGGACCGGAGCGGCCCCAGGACGGAACCCCUCCUUCCAGAGGCCCGGGAGCCCCCCUGAGAAGCUGACCUCCCUGCCGCAGCGGCCCUGGAGCGCCUCGGCCGGGCAGGCCUCCAGGCCCCCGCGGACCUGGGCCACUCAUGAAGACUGGGAGAGCCCCGCCCGAAGACCCUGGAGCCCUUCUGGCCAGCGGUCCCGGAGCGCCUCCUUCACGCAGGGCGCUAGCUCCCCGUGCAAGGACAGAGGCUCCCUCCUGCCGCCCUCCGGAGUGGAGCACGGCUGGCUGAGGCCCGCCGGGGGUGCCCCGGGGAAGGAGGACGAGGAGUGGGUGCCACCACCCUGCCCGAAGCCCCGGGGGGCCCUGGGCCACCGCUACGGCACCGAGGCGCUGCGGGAGUUCAUGCGCCAGAAGAGGUUGGCGCGGCGGCGGCAGGCCCUGGAGGAGAAGGCCUCGGCCGUGCGGGCGCUCGAGCUGAAGAACCAGAGGCUGCAGGAAGUCUACAGGAAGCAGCGGGAGGCCGUCCUCGGCAAAGCCGUCCCUGUGGUCUCCCAGACGAACCCCGGCAUUGUGACCUUUUUCCCGCAUUGUGCGCCGUCCAGGGGCCUGGAAGCUCCCGGGAGCCUGGGGUCGCCUGUGUUGGAGUGGAGCAAGGUGACCUCCGGCAUGGUGCUGGGGGACCAGGAGGCCCCGGGCAGCUUCUGCCUGUGUUUGAACAGAGCCUUGAAUCGCACUGAGACUCUAGAGAUGGACGGCCCCCAGGACGGCUGGGACGGUGCCCCCAUGCGGAAGCUCCAGGACCCGACCAGCCGGCCCCUGCGCCCAGGCGUGUGCAUCUACCUGGACCCCGAGGAGAGCGAGCACCUGGGCACACCGGGGCCCCUGCACUUCCGCCACAAGGAGGCCCGGCUACAGGCGCUGGAGACCAUGGCCAACGUCCUGAAGCAACGGAUUGACAUCCUCACAGCCAAGCUGCACAGGUCGGAGGCACCGGACACUCUCGGGGACCCGGUCUCAGACCUGUCGCUCUCACGCCCCAGCACCGUGCCCACAGCCCCGGUCUGCUCUGGAGGCCUGGUGCCCAACGGGAGCAGAGGGGCCCCCUGGGACUGGGCAGACAUGCCGGCCAGGACACUGGUCCCUCCUACCUGCUUCCUGGAUGGCGGGACUCUGCCGUGGAGCCCCGACUGGGAGCGGCGACAGAGCGUCAGCCCAAGAGGCCACUACGACAGCAAGCCCCGAG